CAAUUCAUGAAUCUAAAUAUAGUUUUACAGAGUUAGAAAUUGUUGAAGAAUGUUUAAAGCAAAUCAAGAACUUGAUAUACCGGCAGCAUUGGGUUUACUUACACACUUAACUAAUGAUGAACUUAAAGACUUAUUAAACAAUGAUAACAAAUUUGAGGAUAUUGUGAAAGAUAUUAAGCAGUUUAAAGAUUUGGAAGCAGAGAAAGAAAUGUUAAUGGCAAGCAAUAGAUCUUUGGCAGAGUUUAAUUUAUCUAAACAACCAGAACUACAAGACGGUAAACAGAUUUUGAUAGAGCUUAGUGAAACUGGAAAUAAGUUAUGUGCAAAUGUAAAAGCAAAACUGGAGGAAUUAAAGGAAAAGUCUGGAGAAAUGACUGUCGAUACAGCUUUAGAUCUAUUACAGACAGCUGCUGCUGAAAUUGAGGAAGAGUCAGAGACUAUUGCUGAGAAAUUUUUGGCUGGUGACAUGGAAGUAGAUGAAUUUUUAGAACAAUUUCUGUCACGAAGAAAAUUAAUGCAUCUACGUAAAGUAAAAGUAGAUAAGUUAAAAGAGAUAAUACGAAAAUCCCAUUCCUCUGGUGGUCCUGGUUAUCCAAUUGCUGCUAAUUUUCCUGGUAUAGCACCUGCAAUUCCUUAUCCAACUGGACCUGUUUCUAUGCCUAUGCCCGUGCCAUCUGGUUUACCACAUUAUAGGCCCUAUUAAAUUACUGAAUUGAGGCUUAUGAAAUCCGUUAUUUCUUACAAAAGAGUAAUAUUUACUAUUUAAUUAAAACUAUGUACUCUGAAUAACUAUAUCUUACAAAAUAAAGACGCUACAUUGUU